UUGAAAAUGGAGGGAAAACAAACCCUAAUUCAUUGCACCGAUAUAAAAUUAAUAAAAAAUAAAGAAGAAAAAAAGACAUUCCAGUCUAUUACUAGCUAGUUCACUCACUGACACUGCACACUUCAUUUCUGAAAAAAAUAAUAAUUAUUCCUCUUUUGGUGCCUUCUAUUCCAUGGCGAGUCUGCUUCGCAACGCUAACAUUUCCCUCCUCAAACGUUCUCUCUUCCACUCUGACCUUCUAACGCGCUUUUGCUUUAAACCAGGAGUAUUGGGCACGUCUCAAGUUUUGAGCUUUUCAACUCGUAAAAGGAGGUCUAAAUCAGAUGGAAGUGACUCAGGUGAAGAGAACUUGUCUAAGAAAGAUUUGGCAUUACAACAAGCUAUUGAUCAGAUCACCUCUGCAUAUGGAAAGGGAUCUAUCAUGUGGCUUGGUCGUUCCGUGGCACCAAAAAAUGUACCUGUGGUGUCUACUGGUUCUUUUGCUCUGGAUAUAGCACUUGGGGUUGGAGGUCUUCCAAAGGGGCGUGUUGUGGAAAUAUUUGGUCCAGAGGCUUCUGGGAAAACAACUCUUGCUUUGCAUGUGAUUGCAGAAGCACAAAAGCAAGGAGGCUACUGUGCCUUUGUUGAUGCUGAACAUGCACUUGAUAAGACACUUGCAGAGUCAAUUGGCGUAGAUACUAAGAACUUGCUUCUCUCACAACCGGAUUGUGGCGAACAAGCACUUAGCCUUGUUGAUACCUUAAUCCGGAGUGGUUCAGUUGAUGCAAUUGUUGUUGAUAGUGUAGCUGCUCUUGUUCCUAAAGGCGAGCUUGAUGGUGAGAUGGGUGAUGCUCACAUGGCAAUGCAGGCUAGGUUGAUGAGCCAGGCUCUUCGGAAAUUGUGCCACUCCUUGUCACUUUCACAGUGUAUAUUGAUUUUUAUAAAUCAGGUGAGGUCAAAGAUAUCUACUUUUGGGGGAUAUGGUGGGCCCACUGAAGUUACUUGUGGUGGUAAUGCACUGAAGUUUUAUGCUUCUGUGCGUCUAAAUAUCAAAAGAAUUGGGUUUGUCAAGAAGGGUGAAGAGACUUUAGGAAGUCAGGUUCUUGUCAAGGUUGUGAAGAACAAGCAUGCCCCUCCAUUUAAAACUGCACAGUUUGAGAUUGAGUUUGGCAAGGGUAUAAGUAGAGAAGCAGAGAUCAUAGAGUUGAGCGUAAAAUACAAAAUCAUAAAGAAGAGUGGUUCGUUUUUUGAAUAUAAUGGCAGGAAUUUCCAUGGCAAGGAUGCUCUAAAGAGAUUCCUGGCUGAGAGCGAUGGAGUACAAGAAUUAGCAACAAAGCUCAGGGAGAAGAUUCUUGAUGCUGAGCCAGAACUGGAGCCAGAGGAGCAGGAGAUGAUUGGAGAUGUUAUGGAACUAAUGGAAGAAAUGGUAUCGCUUGAUUCCACCGAUGAAGCUGCCGCUCCUGCUCCUGCCCCUGUUGCUGCGGAAGCAUAAAUUUGCAAAUAACCUCAAAAUAUGGGGUGCUUCUAAUCUCCCUGCUUCAAAAAAUGUACCCUACUCAAAGGGCCCUCACAGAUGAAGGUGUCUCGAAAAGGUAAAAGCACGGAUGCCUCAUGCUUCCUAGUUUUGAACACUUUUCCUCCUUGCAAGCACAAGGCACAUUGCCUUUGUAAAUUGAAAUUUUUGGUCAUUUUAUGCGAGCCACGAGUCACAUGGGGCGUCCAAGUUUUGUGACUGGGAGGAAAAGACUAUCUAAUGAUAGGAAUCAAGGGCCCUAGAAGGAUAUUAAGCUUCACUUUAUAUAAUGGUCUGUGUGUAUAUGUAUUCCUUGCUGUAAGAUUUUGCAUGCAUUUACCCUUCCAGCUAAUCAAAAUUAUUAGAUGAAGAUCUGUCAGAUCAUCUUGUAUCAUUAAAUUAGACUUAUGCUGUGUUUGGAUACAAGUCAACUGAUCUGAAAUUCACGUCAAAUUACAAAAUGAUGCAGAAGCUAAUACUAGCUACUUAUUGUUUUUGCCUUUUUUGGCCCGAAUCUGCUGCUGUAGAAUGAGAAAUCAAUCACGUUUAAAACACAUGUUUGAUAUUUGAGCUGUUU